AUGAAAUUACCAUAUGCUGCAUUUGCAAAGAAAAAACUAGUUAAUUUUUAUCGAGAACAAUUUUAUAUUCGAAAAUGUUUUACUUAUUCGAUGUUGAAUACAGCUCGUCGAACACAAGAUAUAGAAGUUAUUCUUAAAAUGGAACUCUUUCUUCAAGAUCUUCAUCGACAAAUUCAACAGUUACAUUCUCAAGCGAACGAUUGGCCUCAAUCGGUUGUUUGUCGAGAUCAAAGUAUGUUAAAUAUUGAAUUUGAAAAUAUUAAAAAAGAAUAA